CGUUAUCCAGCUGCCAUUCAAGCCUUUAUAAACUUUGUGUUUCUCGGCCGAGGCUCAGUGUUUCUCCUCCUUCACCGAGAACAACAAAGAGUUUACAGAAACCACAACAAUGCUGCCUGUAGUUGUGCUGGCCAUGUGCCUGAGCUCGGUGCUCUCGGCACCAAGUCUGGACCCACAGCUGGAUGACCACUGGGACCUGUGGAAGAGCUGGCACAGUAAAAAGUACCACGAGAGAGAGGAGGGCUGGAGGCGGAUGGUGUGGGAGAAGAACUUGAAGAAGAUCGAGGUGCACAACCUGGAGCACUCCAUGGGCACACACUCCUACCGCCUGGGCAUGAACCACUUUGGGGACAUGACUCACGAGGAGUUCAGGCAACUCAUGAACGGCUACAAGCACAAGACCAACAGGAAGGGGUCCCUGUUCAUGGAGCCCAACUUCUUCGAGGCCCCUCGUUCUUUGGACUGGAGGGAUAAGGGCUACGUCACUCCCGUUAAGGACCAGGGUCAGUGCGGCUCCUGCUGGGCCUUCAGCACCACCGGAGCCAUGGAGGGUCAAAACUUCAGGAAGACCGGCAAGAUGGUGUCCCUGAGCGAGCAGAACCUGGUCGACUGCUCGCGACCGGAAGGCAACGAGGGCUGCAACGGUGGCCUGAUGGACCAGGCCUUCCAGUACAUCAAGGACAACCAGGGUCUGGACUCUGAGGACUCCUACCCCUACCUGGGAACGGACGACCAGCCGUGUCACUAUGACCCUCAGUACAACUCUGCCAACGACACCGGCUUCGUGGACAUCCCCAGCGGUAAAGAGCGAGCUCUGAUGAAGGCCGUGGCCUCCGUGGGACCUGUUUCAGUCGCCAUCGACGCCGGACACGAGUCCUUCCAGUUUUACCAGUCAGGAAUCUACUACGAGAAGGAGUGCAGCAGCGAGGAGCUGGACCACGGUGUGCUGGUGGUGGGCUACGGCUUCGAGGGAGAAGAUGUGGACGGCAAGAAAUACUGGAUCGUCAAGAACAGCUGGAGUGAAAAGUGGGGCGACAAAGGCUACAUCUACAUGGCCAAGGACAGGAAGAACCACUGUGGCAUCGCAACGGCGGCCAGCUACCCUCUGGUCUGAAGUGCACAGCUUCACUUUGUAGCCCCGUUAGUUUUUAUUGCAAUAGUUUGGCUGGAGUGGAGAGGCGAGGCUUCAGUCAGCGCGACGCAUUGGCAGGAGAUUCUGCGAUGCUUCAACAAGGAGGAACACUGAUUUUUAGGGAAAAUGUCGCCUUUUUGUUUUGGCUGGUUUUUACGCCACUUUGUUGUGUCUGGACAAAUUUUACUUUAGCAUUUUAUUUUUUUGUAAAUAUGUGUAUGCUACUCAGUAAGUGAGAUGUCAACACUUGCUUUGGUCAUUGUAAAUGAUUUUUUUUUGUACUUUUACUGUGAUCAAUUAAAUUUGUGAAACACUA